AUGGGCAAUUCCAAUGGGAAGCCUAUCGAUCUCAACGAUGAUGUCAACCUCAAUCACUUCCGUUUGCUGCGAGUUGUCGGCAAAGGCGCAUUCGGGAAAGUGAGAAUCGUGGAACGCAAGGAUACCGGCUUGACGUUUGCCCUCAAGUACAUCAGAAAGGAUGAGGUUCUUCGUUCGGAAAGUGUCAAGAAUAUCAUCAGAGAGAGGAACAUGCUGGAGCACCUAAAUCAUCCUUUCCUGUGUAAUUUACGGUACUCCUUCCAGGAUGUGGAAUACAUGUACAUCGUGGUCGACCUAAUGAACGGCGGUGACCUCCGCUUUCACAUCUCACGGAAAACUUUCACAGAGGAUGCCGUGAAGUUUUGGAUAGCCGAACUGGGAUGUGCUUUGCGUUAUGUUCACCAACAACGCAUAGUCCAUCGAGACAUCAAGCCCGACAACGUCCUCCUUGAUGCUGAAGGUCAUGUGCAUUUAGGUGAUUUUAACGUCGCAACGAAUAUCGUUCCAGGCAGACCAUGCAGCAGCAAAUCUGGAACACUGGCUUACUUGGCUCCUGAGGUAUAUGCUGGUAGAGGUUACUAUGCGGAAUGCGACUGGUGGUCGUUAGGAGUCCUAUUUUACGAAUGCAUCUACAACAAACGACCCUUUGUGGCCAACAACCAUGAGGAACUGGCGCAGCUAAUCACCAAAGCCGACCCGCCUUUUCCGCAAACUAAUCCUCCCGUAUCAAAUCCCUGCUUGCACGCGAUCAGCUCGCUCCUGGAAAAGAACAAACGGCAUAGAAUUGGUGCAAGUGGUUGGAACACGUUCACAGAAAAUCCAUUUUUCCAGGACAUCGACUUCGAGGCGCUCGAACGCAAGGAAAUUGAACCUGUAUUCAUCCCCUCGAGCGAGAAGACCAACUUUGAUGCAACUUACGAUUUGGAGGAGCUGCUGUUAGAAGAAGCGCCACUCGAAGCACGAGCACGGAAACAGAAGCCUAGGCCAGAGCUGCGCGCAGAUGCUACUCUGCAGGAGAUCCAAAUUGAAAAGUGGCAUCGCUACAUCGACACCUACUUUACGCCAUUCGAUUACACAUCUGUUCCUCCCGACAGAACAUCCAGUCCCGAGCGGCAAAGAAAUGAUACGACUAGUGCUGUGCGACUCUCAGAGGAUAAAUUGAAUCAAAAUUCGCAGCGAAAGCGAAGCAAAUUCUUCACGACAACUUUGACCCAAAAUCUUACGAAUGACCAUUCGACACGGUCAUCAACACUUUCCCCUAGGGUAUCGCCAACGUUGACGCCGAUCACUCUGGCGGAGUCGGUGGCGCCGGCGGAUGUUAUAUCCUCACAUGAUCCUUCCUCGACGGCUGGUCCAAUGAUCCGCGCAAACACGUCUUCUCCGUCACAACGUCCUCGGGGUCCGAAGCGCAGCAUGUCGAUGGGCGGCGUCUACAUCCGAGACGACACCCCGCCGAGACCGAGUGUGGAGCAACGGCGAAUGGACAAACCUUCCGGUAUGCUCGGCUUCUUGAGCCGAAAGAAGGGCCGAGAUCGGAGUCCUAAGGCUAAGGAGCGAGAACGUGGUGUCCUGGGCAAGGACGGCGCACGCGUUGUGGUCAAGGAUUGA